GGAUGCGGCCUGGCCCGAGCAUGGUGCUCCUUGAUGAACGCUCCCGUGACUGGCGCGGGAGGGAUUCCAACUUAUCCCUGAUGGAUGGACAGAUCCAGUCCCAACAGUUUGCAGAUGCUGGGUACUGUAAAGUGGCCGAUGAGGCGACAGGCAACACGCAAUGGCAGAGAGUUCGGAUCAAGAAGACGUGCUACACAGGCGUGGUGCAGAUCAGCGACCGCGAGAUUGUUCUCGAAUUGAAGGAGAUGAGAGACUUGAGCAACAGCCACGAUCAUUUGGUGAGGUUCGUAGGAGUGUGCAGGGAACACUUCGAUAACCCCACCAUGAUCCUGACAGAGUACUGUCCCAAAGGCAGCCUCAUGGAUGUUCUGCAAGAUGAAAGAGUGAAGCUAGACUGGGUAUUCCAGUGCAACCUUAUGAACGACAUCAUCAAGGGAAUGCGUCACAUUCACAGCAGUAAACUGCGUUCCCAUGGUAACCUGACGUCAUCCAACUGCCUGGUUGACGCCCGAUUUGCAGUGAAGAUCGGCGAUUUCGGACUGCCUUCCUUCAGAUCUUCUUUGGGGGAAGGAAGACUCUCCUCAGAGCCAUGCGAGGGCGAGAUGACGCAUGCCUUUUACGAAAAGAAAUUGUGGUGCGCCCCAGAACUGUUGCGGCAAAAGAACCCACCGAAGGAGGGGACACAGAAAGGAGACAUCUACAGCUUCGGCAUCAUCAUGCAGGAGAUCAUGUUGCGUGAGGGGCCUUUCUUCGUGAAAGAUGAUGACUCGAUGAUGGCAAAAGCCAAAGUAGAGCACGUCAUGUUGGCAAAGACCGACUCCAGAGGAAGACUGUUUCGGCCGACGCUCCCAACACUGGACGACAUGGAGGAUAUAGAACUGGAGGACGACAUGCAGCCUGCCGUCAACUCCAACGCCAACGCUACCAUCCCGGAACAAAACUCAUCAAACUCCCCUGCAAAGGACAAGGUUCCACAUUCUCAUUCCAGGAGCUCCGACAUGGUACCGCUCGUCCCUCGUGAUAAGAGGAAGGACAGAAGAAAAGAGAUGAUGAGCAGGUUCUUGGAGGAGGUCCAACGACUGAUGUCGGAGUGUUGGCAGGAGGAUCCCAUCCAGAGACCCGACUUCAAUCAUUUGUUCAGCCACGUGCGCAAGUUUCUUGGCAGGGACAAGACACUUGUGGACAACUUGCUGGGCAGAAUGCAGAAGAUUGUGAGCAAUCUGGAAACCAUCGUGGACAAACGGACGGAGGAGUUACGGAAGGAGAAAGAGAAGUCAGACAUGCUACUCUACAGGAUGCUGCCUAGUUCCAUCGCGGAUCAGUUGAAGUCUGAUCAGAGGGUCCAGGCGGAAAAGUUUGACUGCGUCACCAUCUACUUCAGCGAUAUCGUUGGAUUUACCGCCUUGGUGCAUAAGAUGAAGCCAAUGGAGGUGGUCACGUUACUGGAUGACUUGUACAAAAUGUUCGACCAAAUCAUCGAUGAAUUUGACGUCUACAAGGUAGAGACUAUAGGGGACGCGUACAUGCUGGUGUCCGGCCUUCCACGGAGAAACGGCAGCGAACACGUCAAGGAGAUCUCUCGGUCUGCACUCGGGAUUCUCCGGGGAGUCGCCGGCUUCAAGAUUCGGGGCAGACCGGACGAGGUGCUGAAAAUCCGCAUCGGCAUUCACUCGGGUGAGUGUGCGGCAGGUGUGGUGGGAGAGACAAUGCCUAGGUACUGUCUGUUUGGAGACACGGUCAACAUUGCCUCCAGGAUGGAGUCUACGGGCGAUGCUAUGAAGAUUCAUGUGUCUGAGGACUCUUACAACCUACUUGAACCUUCAGGAAACUUCAAGUUGGAAUACAGGGAACCGAUCUUUGUAAAGGGACGGCCGCAGAAAAUGAAGACAUACUGGCUGAUCGAGGAAACAAACGUCCCUGUGCCUAACGGAAUGGUGGCUGGCACGGGAAACUCGAUAUCCCUUCCACAAUUGCAGUCCGACCAAGGAGACAAACCACCGAGUAUAGUAACCAACCCACCAAACAGAGUGACCAACCAACUGACCGGACCCUCUCCUUACUACAGCGUAGAAACCGUAUGCUAAUACAAGACGUCUACGUUAAAGUAUUGCGGUAACAAUGUAACAGUUAUUAGGGAUGUGCAGAUGAAACAUUCUAUGACUGAAAACAGGAUGACUUUGUACAGAGAUUGUCCAUAGAAUUGGUUUUAAUGUUUAUACUGUGUACCUGUACUAUACAUGUAUUUCAACUAGUUCACAGUGUAUCAGACGAACAAUACAGGUCUCUGGUGUAUUGUGUGCGGGUCAACAAUCAUGAUGUAUGUGCUCGAUGCACUCUGUAGAUACGAGAGCGAAGGGAAAAGUCCAUGUACAGUUUUUCUGAUGUUGUGCAAGGGUGUUUCUGUCAAGCACGCCACAGUCUCGGUCAAUAUCAUUCUGUUGACUCAUUCUCAUGCCGUGCGGCCGAUCUUGAUCCAUGCAAAAAUUCACAUUUGACACGAAGACAAGUGUGUCAUUCAGGAAAUCUUACUGCAAAAUUUAAAAAAAGGGAGCAGACUGAAAAGUCUUGAUCUUGAGUUAUUUUGAAUUGCCUUCUCUGUAUACGAGGGCUCAAAUGAAAACUUCCGGGACGAUGGUUCCAGAAGUUAUCAAAUUAUGAUCCCCUCACAUUAUUGAUGAAGAAGUACAGCUGAUGUGACCCGACCUUACGGUGCGACUUUAUGUCAGUGACAACCACUGGCAUUCAUUCUGUGAAGAAUGGGUGGAUAUUAGUAAAAUACACCCAAAUAGUAGUAACUGUCAUACACUACUUACAAAACUUUCAAUUGUGCCUCAUGACAUGUUAUGAUGUUGAGAUGGUGAGUCUGCGCCAUCUAUUGACUUAACGUAGAAUUUUACCAGACUACAAAAUGUGCGAAAAAUACAUCGAUGGCCAAUUACUAGUUUGUUAACUUUGGUCGUCGAAACGUGACAAAACACCAAUGUUGCGACUGUGACCAUGUUAUCUUGAAAACAUACAGAGCGAAUGCUCGAUUCCAGAAUGUAGCUUUAUACGUUAUGAAUACUUGGCGAGUGACUGGCGAGCGCAAGAAUAUCAGCUGUAUUUUCUUAUGCCAUUUUGGUUGUUUUCUUUGUUACGAUCAAGAUCCAAAACAUGUUCAGUAUCCUCGUGGAAGGAGAUAAAAUUCUCAAUUUUUAUGUGUCAGCAAUUUGUUAUGUGUUUGGGAUAUUUUUGCGUUAAGGAAGUAAGUGUUGGUGUACUUCGAGCAUUUGGAAACACGAUUGUUGUCGUCAGAUGAGUGUUGAUGUGGCUUGUUGAUGUGGAUAGAAUGUACAGAUAUACGUCGCCAGAAACAAAUGGGUUGUCCGAGUUUUGAUGUUUACUGAUUGUCUCACAGAUUAUAUUGACCUGACAUGAAACCACAGUGUCUUUGAGGGAACACCUGACGUUAUUCGUUGUCUUAGCGUUCUAGAACUGUAGACAUGAACGUGUAAUAUGUUUUACCCUGGAUAUAAACAACGAGUCGUUCUUGACAUACACGGAUUUUUCGAUAUAAUUGUAAAUUUCAAUACUUCGUCAUCAAAAACGGCGGUAGCCAAGCGGGGUGGUCGGUCGGCCACAAAUCCCUUCUCUAGCUUUCUUUAAGGGCGGUCCUAGUUUUGAUGUUUACAGAUUGUCUCAUAGAGCAUAUUGACCUGACAUGUGAAUACUGUCUAAAGAGAACACCACACAUUCCCUGUUGUCUUAGCGUUCUAGAACUGUAAAAAUGAUAGUGUAAUAUGUUUUACCCUGGAUAACAAAGAACCCAUACUUGUACAUGCCAAUACGAUACAUAAAGAUACAACACCUGUUUACAUUGGCUAAGAAAAUAAGUUACCAACUUAAGUACUUACAUACUUGAUCACGUACUUGCUAACAAACUGCAAUGGGAAGUAAAUGCUUCACAACGAAAGCGGAAAGGAAAUGUCAGUGUUUCUGUUUGUGUUUCUGUUUGAAAAUUGUCCCAUGGUUGUUUACUCCAAUGAGCAUUUCAUGGGAAAUAGUGUUAUAAAACACCGUGUACAGUGGAUACUACUUGAAGGAACAGAUUGCGUAGAAGUCGAGGUUGUAAAUGCUGUCAGUUCUUUGUUUGUUCUGUGAAGUAAAGAUGUUACUGUAGAGGGUUAUUACAGAGACUGUGUUCCUUUAUAGUUGAUCCUAAACUUCGGCGCCCUUGGAAGACAAUAAAACGGACUAUUUUACUUGA